AUGGAUGACUACGGCUAUGACCCUGACGAGUACGAUGAGUGUUUUGCAAGCUAUGUAGAUGCUCGACGAAGGUUCAACGAACUUCGCAUGUCGAGAGGCUUCUUGCCUGUCGUUGCACUCGACCCCAAUGCCUCCGGCUCCAACCGACAGCCCAUCAACAACAAGGGCAAAGGAAAGAAGGGUCGUGGAAAAGGGCGUGGAGGAAAGAACAAUGUGAAGUACUCCAAGCCGCCAAUGAAGCCUCAUGAUCCCAAAGGUCGAGCACAAGCUGCACUUCGAUGUCUUCGAUGCGGAUCAACAAGCCAUACGACAGCGCAAUGCACCCAAGGAUCCAAGCCAACUCAAAAGGCUACUCCAACUGGUCCCAACAAGCGACAAGCCACUGAAGGAGACUUUGACCCGGCGAUCAUCUCCAAUGGUGCUGCCUUUGACCUGGUGCUUGAAGAUGAAGACGGCCCCAACUUCACCCUUGAGCACUUCCAGACCACUGAGAAUGUGUACAUGGCCGACGAGCACCCAGCACCUGAAGGUUCACUUCUCCUCAAAGGCAAGAUGCUGAAAUCCAUCGACAACUCUGCGCUGACACGCCUGAAGGCGGCAGAGGAGGACGAAGAGAUGAUGUCAGACAGCUCCAACCCUGAGCAGAACUCCAAAAGAAGACGUCUGGCGAUGUCUCCAGUACCUUCGGUAAGCUAUGAACCAUCGCUUGCCGAUGAUGAAGUUCCAAUUCCUCCUGAACAAGAUGAUGCUGCCAACAACGACUUGAUCCACAACAACGGUGCAGACCUUCCUCAAGAUGUUCCUGUACCCGACACCAACGACAAUGUCGAGAACUUGUUUGUCGAAGAUGUUGAUCCUGAUGGACUUCCUAGCGAUUGGCACUUCAGACCUGAGACUGGCUACUUUGAGCUGCGACCUGGAACCACCAACAGAGACUUUUGGGAAGUCAAAGCAGGAUGCUUGAUACGUCACCAUGUGCAUCCUCGCAAGACCUUGUUUGACCCCAACGGCUUCAAGGACAUCCCAAUCCCGGUGGAGCACCUCGACAAAACCAGAGUGACUGUUCACCACACCAUUGACGGCCAGAUUGCCUCCUUCACUGACGACUUCAAGAACCAGAUGCACUUCACCAAAGACUUGAAGAAGCAUCAACUGCCUGUUCAAUGGUUUGGAAUUACAGUUUUUCAGAUCGAUGCCACCACCAGAAAGGAGUUUGGGAUGACAGCCCAAGACCAACGCAGCUCAGCCAAGAAAGUUGCCCAAGAUGCCAAAGUUCAGCAAAAACGAGUCUUUCGCCGUGACAUGGCCAAGAACAAAGGUGAGAUCUCCGAGAAACACCUCACUGCUGCUGAGAAAGAGUUGUUCCUCCAGGCCAAGGUGAAAGAACUUCAGUCGUUUUUCGAAAAUGGCGUGUGGGAGUUUUCCACAUCAGCAGACGCCAUACCUGAAAGGACUUUGACAAGCAGAAUCCUUUUGAAAUGGUCCAAAAACACUGACGGCACCCCACGUGCUAAGGCACGACUGGUGGUCAGAGGUUUCAAUGAUGUCGACUUCCACAAGAACGUCAACUAUGGCUUCGUCUUCCAGCAGAAGCUCUACGAAUCCUUGCAGAAAACCAACAAGCUGCGCGCCAUCAUUGAGGCGAACCAGCUGCUCAAGUUUGCCAAGCAGAACCUGGAUCUGCGACUGCGCUAUGAGCCUUUGAACGCCCUCUAUGACUCCUACCACAAAGAAAGCCUUGCAGGUGCUUCCUCAGUGGACAAGCGCACCGGCCUUGAAAUUCGUGUUGCAAAAGAGCAAUUGACCUCACUUGGAGGUAUGCUGCGAUGGCGCAUCCGUUACCACAAGAUGAAGCUGAUGUGGGAUCCUGAAUAUACCAGUGCGAAAAAGAAAACAGCUGCUGAACGUCGCCCCUUUGAUGAGCGCUAUGCCAUGGAAGAUGAGCGCCCCCUUGACGAGCGCUAUGCCAUGGAAGAGCCCUAUGAGCCUGUCGAGGCCUACGCUGGUUUCGUAAAGAAUGCCAAAGCCAUUGUGUAUGCCCUGACGCUCUACGCCACUAUGCCAGCGGCUUCAGCGAUGCAUGCAUUCGACUUCAACGUGCACGACAAGCUGAACCUGCAGCUUCGAAACGACCGGCAUGAUGUGGAGACCCAGAGAAUGCGAGAAGAGAUUAACAUGCUGCAGCAAGUUCGACAAAACCUCGAACUGGAGCGCAGAUCAGCACAUGUGAUGGCGAUCAUGAUGGAAUACAAUGGCCACCAGAUCCGACACAUGGUUGGACGGAUUGAUAGACUUCAAGGACUGAUCGCAAAUCAUCAGAUGCCGUGCCCACUUGGCGACACCAUCCUGGUGCAAGAGAACUUGGAUGAGACCCAAUGGCACGUUGAUGCUGACUGA